GCAUGGGCGUUGAAGCACUUUUGGUCAUGCACCGAUGCGGAAGUAUCCACAGCAAUCGAUGCGUCUCCUUCGCGGUGACGAUGCUGCUAGUAACCAGUCCGUCAGUAAGCGAAGAGAAGCUUCUACUGUUGCAGCAACGAAUCUGAAGACGCCAGUUUCGGCUUCAUCGUCACUGCCAACACGCUCCUCCGCAUCGUCGGCGAUGGUGGUCAAGCGGAAGGUGGACGAGCUAUUCCGACGCCUCCAGCCGCAGUCACUAGUGCAGUCGAUGGCGAAGCUGAUGACGACGAUGCGAGUUACACCCAGAUUGUUUGUUAAUGGUGAGGAACUACUAUUUAAGGCGCCUCCAGCUCCCACAAUCGCUGCUGCAGCGUCACAGCGGAGCAGACGCCCUACUUCGACUACGGCGGCAUGGCGCUUCCAGCCGGAAGAAGGGAGAUUUCGAUAUGGACUGAGCUUGCAGUACACAAACUCAAAUCCAGAACUAAAUUUGUCGUCCUUAGAGAACGUAAGUGUCAUUCUCACGUCGACUGCAAUGCACACGUCUCGCUGUCUCCCUCUCGCUUGCAGUGAACCUUUGACCACUAAAGCCUGGAAACUUGUAGCGGAGACGGAUCGUCGCAUUGGACUAGCGUUGUUUGAACUCACACUUGGAGACUGGGGUGCAAGUUCGCUCAUUGCACUUGUAUGGGCCCUAAACCGUGAAGUGGCUCGAUUUUUCUUGCAGCUGAACACGACCGAGUUGCUGCAUUCUGCCCCGCCAAGAGCACUGCAGAGGAGCGACGAUGACUUGGACCGCACACACGGGCUCCACUCGUAUACAGCAGCAAUCAGUUUGCGUUCGCUGGACGAACUCUAUUGGGAGUGCGAAGUGUAUCAUGUCGAGUUUCUUAUGCCGGAAAAUGGAGCCCGCAGUGUGAGCGUCCAGUUGCUGGAUAAUAUUCAUGGGGGCACUGUCGCCGCUCGAGACCGAGUUCUCACCUCGGAUACUGAACCAGCUUUUAGACUGGAGACGGAGGCAGUGAAAUACGCCAUGGAUAACUGCUUGGCGGUGGAUUUCACGCUCUGGGAUGCUGAGUGCGUUCCUGCGUGGGCAUUCAGCCGUCUCUUAGAGCUGAAGGCGGCAUCACCACAGCAACAGGACGAAGACGCUGACAAUAUCGAUUUGUCUGUUAGCUCUCUUGGUGGGACGACAAGGCGAAUGCAGAUGCAAUUCCAGGAUGCAGCUCGUGACAACAACCUCGUCGUUCGCUUGACGAAGCUCUCGCCUUCAUCAACACCGCAACAAUCCACAAAAAAGGCUACAAUCCGGGUAAAUCAGGUUGAUUUAACUCUUAGCCUCGCGUUCAUCAACUCCACCUUCGGCACGAAAUACUAAGCCAGACACGAGGUAAGGAUUUAAACGAUAUUUAGUCAAAUUAGCUUCGGUAUACAUGUAAAUGUGCUUGUCUACAUUGUCACGCUU